AUGUGUCCAGAUGACUUUUCAAGACAAAGUCUUGUACAACAAGAGGAGAUCUGUGCUUUGAAAGAAACAAUUGCACAACUGGAUAAAGAGAAGGCAACUUUGCAAGAGACUGUGGAAGAAGGAAGAGAGAAGAUUGCUACUUUUGAGGAAAACCUGGCAAUUAAAGAGAAAAUAAUUUCAGAUUUCAAGAUUCUGAUUUCUGAGUUGGAGCGUUCCACAAAAAAAUCUGCUGAAGCACUCUGUAUCUGUGAGAAAGAUAUCACCAGUUUGCAUCAACAGCUACAAGAAACCAUCAAAGAACUUGAACAGACUAACAAGAACAGAGAAUCACUAGCUCAGGAGAAUGACAGGUUACAAGAGCAUCUUUCUAAUAUUAAGCAAGAAAAUCAGGUACUAUAUAAAAAACUAGCAGAGCACCAAAAUGAGCUUGAUGAUAUGAAGCUGAAAGCCCAGGACUCAAACACAGAUAUUGUCAGGCUGAAGGGUGUACUGAAGUCUAAAGAGAGAGAGAACUGUGAGCUUUUGGAGAAUUACCACAAAGCCUGUGAACAAGGAGAGAGUUGGGAGGCAAAAUGCCAUCAAGCAGAAGCAGAUUGUAGCUCCAUUAGGCUGGCACUGAUCAGUGCGGAGUCUGAGAAACGCGGGUUGAAAGAGAAAAUGGAGUCACUCAAAACAGAGAUGGAGCAAUUGCAGAGCAAGUUUGAAUCAUCCUGUUCUGAAACAGAGCAGCUGAGAAAACAACUGGGAAAUGAAAGAGCAUCGAUGAAACACCUGGAAUCUUUGUUUGUGUCCAGUCGUGAGAAAGAAUUUCAGUCACAGAGAGCAGUGCAAGAAAAAGACUCUGAAAUUCGGUUUCUCAAGGAACAGCUUGCUUUAGCGGAAAAGGAACUUGCUGUGCAGAGUCGAGAUUUUACUCAGCUCAGAAAUAGAGCCGCUCAGCUAGAGUCAGAACUGGAUAUCGCCAAAAUACAGCUGGUGACUGAGCACUUGGAAAG